GGCCCAUCCGCCCAAACAAAACACUCACCCAGCAUCACGACGACGGGGCAAACGGAUUGAUGCAAUUUUUUCAAGCCACCAAGCAAACCAGGCAACGGCGCAGAUCCGCGGCCUACCGCACCACAUCAGCCCUCAACAUCGAGGCACUUUUCGGCGGACCGCACGAGGACCGGGACUACCCGGUAUACUCACCGCCAGACACACCAACCAUGGGCCGCCGCACUCCAAAACCUACAGCAAGCAUCAACACCUCCUGA